AUGCACUACAAUGUGGAACCAGCUACUCAUCUAGGACUCGAGUACUUGAGUGCUGCUAGGAGUCUUCAUCCAGAACUACAUGCGGGUAGUACACUUGCGAGUCAAGACUUUCAAUUGGGUUUAGAAGGUUCUAGAUUAGCAUCACCAAAUCGUCUGCGACUCUCUGGCGGAGCGAUAAGUGCAUCAGCUAAUAGAAAACGAGCUGUUUCCUGGAGCCCCUACUCCGCGGAGUCAUUGGAUCUGGCUGCCGUCAUCAGGGCGUCUCCGGCUAGCUUAGCUGUGCGGGCACCUUCUGCUGCCUCUACGGGGAGUUAUGGACAUCUUAGUGCUGGUGCAAUAUCACCGGCUCUAUCACUCUCCCACGCAUCGCUAGCGCAACAAAUUCUGGCUCGCGGAGGUAGUGGGGUGCUGCCUGCUGGUGUGCUGUUAGACCCCGCACACCAGCAGGCGGCGGCUGCCGCUGCGCAUCAUGCUGCUCAUGCGCACCUCGUUGCUGGUAUCCAUAGAUCUCACAUAUCGUCACCAACCCAGUUACUGAUAGGUGCUCCAGUGGAUGUCGGGCAAGGUUUGAGGUUAGAUGGAACACCACCACAGCACAUGCAGCAGCCUCCACAACAACAGGAAAUCACUAGUGUUAUGGAAGCUGAUAGUGCCUCAACAGCGAUGAACCAACGCAAGUCACCCCAAAGUAUAAUGUCCCGAGAUAUGCAUUGUAAACCUCUCUCAGCCGCUGCAGAGAGCACAGUGCACGAUGGCAUCGACUGUAAAGAUGAGCCAGGGGACUUCAUUGAGACGAAUUGCCACUGGGUCGAUUGUAAACUGGAGUUUCCGACACAAGAUGACCUCGUGAAACACAUAAACACAGACCACAUUCAUGCAAGCAAAAAGGCGUUCGUGUGCCGAUGGGUUGGCUGUUCGAGAGACGAAAAGCCGUUCAAAGCUCAAUAUAUGCUGGUGGUGCAUAUGCGAAGGCAUACGGGUGAAAAACCGCAUAAAUGCACGUUCGAAGGAUGUUGUAAAGCGUACUCCCGUUUGGAAAAUCUAAAAACUCACCUCCGGAGUCACACAGGUGAAAAACCGUACACCUGCGAAUAUCCCGGGUGUGCGAAAGCAUUUUCAAAUGCUAGCGAUAGGGCUAAACAUCAGAACAGAACACACAGCAACGAGAAACCAUAUGUAUGCAAGGCCCCAGGCUGUACCAAAAGAUACACGGACCCAUCCUCUCUUCGGAAACAUGUUAAGACAGUUCAUGGAGCUGAAUUUUACGCCAGUAAGAAACAUAAAGGAUGCAGUCGUGGUGAUGAUUCAGCAGAAUCCGGUGGUGGAGGAGCUGGGUCCUCACCGCGUUCGGAGGAAGGUGGAGUACCCAUUGGUAUACGAGGUCAUACUUCGUCAGCCUCUGUCAAGAGUGAAAGCCCCGCAUCCCCUCUACCUCAUGGAAUGCAUAAUGGUCAUCAGUUGUCUGCUCAAUGUGGUGGGGACUUGGACUACGGUGGUUCUGGUCUGGGUGGUUUCAGCGACGAACAUGGUGUCCCCUACUUCAGGAUAGAUGGAGAGGUUGAACAAGAGGUAGUAGGUGAAGUUGGUCAACUUCCGCUGAUGUUACGAGCCAUGGUGGCAAUCGGAGAACCGAGAGCUCAUCACCACGCUCCUCGACUGGGCCACAAGAUGGGUCUUGGAAGGCUGAUGCCAUUACAUGCUCCAGAUAUUGGAGGUAAGAAAAUGGCAUUUAUUAUAUUUGUGGACCUAUGCCCGGUAGAACAGAAAUUGGAGGGCACCAAUGUGGCUGUUGAAUUAAAGACGGGUCCUCCAAACGCGAGACGAGACUCCGGCAUUUCUUCUGGAAGUAGCCUGUACAGUGCCAGAUCGUCUGACAUAUCCCGCAAGAGCAGCCAGGCGUCUGUGGUGGGCGGUGUGACGUCUCACGUGACCCAGCGGUUACUGUCGCAACCAGCUGUUUAUGACCAGUUAUCACCGGACAGUAGUCGAAGAUCUAGUCAGGUGUCAUGUGUGGGCUACGCUCCACCUCCAUCAUCAGCCCUUGCUGCUGUCCAGGCCGUCAGAACUUCUCAAGGCAAUCAGGCCGUACUGUUACGAGGAGUGACCUGCACAGAAGUAAGAGCUGAAGAACUGUCACUUGAGCUGGAUCCUAACAUUCAGGUCAAGGAGGAAGCCAGGAGACUGUCAGAGCAAUCGAAUCUGAGUGACCAGCAGUAUCAGCCAUAUCCUUGCAAUACUGAUGCCGACCCGAAUUUCCAAUUCAAGACCGAAGAUGACCACGAUGCAAACACGUACAAGGAAUCACGGUCAAAUUCAACCGCUACAGUCGUUAUAACUACUGCACAGGUUCACCAUCCAAACCAAGAAGUCAACUUGGAACAGGUCGCAGAAGGAGAAAUGGUGGAGAAUAAGCUGGUGAUACCAGAUGAAAUGAUGCAAUAUCUUAACCAAUCCAUAUUGGGCACCGACACGGUUAAGCCAGCCACCGACUCCACCAAACAAGAACCAGACACAGAAACUGAUAAAAAAGUAACCAAAGAGAAUAUAACUAGUGAAGUUCCAAACACAAACAAUUCCAGUGACAAAAUAAGUGACGUUGCAACUAGUGACGAUUCUCUACUCAAAAAUCUAGGUGCCAUAGGUAGUGAUCUCAAUAUAAGUGAUAUUCAAGUCGAUUUAAGGUCAUUAGAUGUUAGUAUGUCCGGCAAUAGUGGCUCUCUCUUGGCGAAGUCGCCCGACGAUAAGAAUCCUCCUCUACAAGAACAAGUUAUUCCAGAAGUCCCGAACGAGAAUUGCGAGAAAGAGUUUAAUAGAGUGCCCGUAAAUCAACCAGCAACAAGUAAUCCUCUACAAUCGUUGCAAUCGAUGACAGCGAAUCAAACUGAACAAUCUAAUAGGAUGAGGUUGAAUAACCCAGUGGCACAAAAACAAAAUACAAACGUCAAAACGAAUUUACAAACCACUAUGACUAUGCCACAUGGAAUGCUAAGCCCACAAAGCUUACCACACAGCGCCAUGAGCCCUCAAAGUGUAAUGAGCCCCCACAAUAUGACAAACCUCAUGAGUCCCCCCAGUGUUUACAAUGUGAUGAGUCCCCAAAGCGUGAUGAGUGUCAUGUCACCACAACACAACGCCAUGAGCCCUCAGUCCAUGCAGAGUCUACUGAGUCCACGGCAUAACAAUAUCGGAAGCCCCAUGUCACAAAACCUUAACAGCCCAAUGAUGAACAUGGCGAGCCCUAUGCCUCAAAACAUUGCAAGCCCAAUGAGCCACGGUAUGCCCAGCCCCAUGCAUCCAGGUCUACAAAGUCCGAUAACCAGUCCCCAUGAUUCAGAACAUGACAAAUAUGACAAUGAAUAUGCCGUCACCUCAAAACCAGAACCAAAACAUUAUGAUGAUGAACGGUAA